AUGGAUGCGUCCAGGGUCAAAUCCAUUACCUUGGAAGAAAUUGAGGCCCUAAUGGGAAAAAACCAGGACUCUGAAAAUGUAGGCAAAGAGGAGCAAGAAGGAGGGAGUAGCAGUUCUGGGCAACUUCCAGCCGAAACAGUGGAUAAAUCGGUGGAUGCAGAUGACGAGGACUUCCAUGCUGCAUUUAUAGCUGAGAUGCGGAAGUUGCGAGGGGAAGCUGAUCGAGAUGUGACUGGAUCUGCGAAGGACUUUGAAGCAUCAAAGAAGUUUUUGGGAGAAAGACCUGGGUUUGUCUUCAAGCGAGGAAGAAAAGGGCUUGGAUACUAUCGUGAUGUUGGGCCCUUCGGCACUCUCAAAGAGGCGAAGCAGCCGCCCGACGCGGUCUCCAGUAGCUCUUUGCCUGAUUUUCGAAGAGCCGGUAAGGCGAAGAAAGCUUUUGAUGAAGAUCUUGGAGGUCAACCAGAUGAUGCAGAUGAUGAAGGUGAUCAGGAUCUCGACAACGAGCCUGAGGCUGACGAGGCUGCAGAAGAUCUGACAAUGAAGGUUGAAAAGGAAGUUGAAACAAAGAAGGAGAAGCGGCGGAAGCGCCGCGAGGCAAAAGAAGCUGAAGCUAAGGCCAAAGCUGAAACCGCCAAGAAGCGUGCCAAAGACGGAUUCGGCGAAGGUGAUGGAGAUUGGAUGGACAGUGAUCCAGACAGGAGUGAGCAGUCGAGCGAAGAGCAGAUGGAGUCGUACUUUGACCUUGUCAAACGCUUCACCACAAAGAAAACCCUGCCAGCUGUCAACCAUGAUCUGAUAGAGUACAAGCCGUUUCGGAAAAACUUGUACGUUCAGGUGAAGGAGAUUACCAACAUGAAAGACCACGAAGUCGAGGAUCUCCGGCGGACCCACGGCGACAUCACUGUUAGGGGCAAGCGAUGCCCUCAUCCCGUGAAGAGUUUUCUCCAGUGUGGCUUGCCUGAGAAGAUUCUGAAGAUCUUGGAAAAGCGCGACUACGAGACACCAUUUCCCAUUCAGAUGCAGGCCAUGCCUGCGUUGAUGUGUGGAAGAGAUGUUAUAGGUGUUGCGCAGACUGGCUCUGGAAAGACCGUAGCAUACUUGUUGCCGCUCAUCAGGCACAUCAUGGACCAACCUCCUCUUGGCAACGGCGAUGGUCCCAUUGGCUUUGUCGUUGCACCUACAAGGGAGCUGGCGCUGCAGAUUCAGCGUGAAGCCAACACGUUCUGCAAGGCAGUGAACUUGACGAGUGUUUGUGCAUACGGUGGUGGGCCAAUGGGGGAGCAGCUGUCUGCGCUGAAGAAAGGAGCUGAACUUUUGGUCGGAACUCCUGGACGUCUUAUUGAUGUGCUUACCUGCUCGGCGGGAAAGAUCACCAACUUGCGUCGUGUCACUUUCCUCGUGCUUGAUGAGGCCGACAGGAUGUUUGACAUGGGCUUCGAGCCACAAAUUGGAAUGUUCCUUCAAAGCACCAGACCGGACAAGCAGGUUGCAAUGUUCAGUGCGACUUUGCCAGCGCAUGUUGAAGCACUGGCCCGCAAGGUUCUGAAGAAACCUGUAGAGAUUUCUGUUGGUGAACGAAAUGCUGCAGCAUCGAACGUGACUCAAUUUGUGGAGGUUCUUGAUGAAAGCCAGAAGUUUUAUCGGUUGUUGCAGCUGCUCGGAGAGUGGCACGAACACGGUGCCAUCAUGAUAUUUGUACACCAGCAGAAGGACGUGGAUGAGAUGUUCACCGAGCUUCUGAAGUACGGAUAUCCUCCACUGGCACUCCAUGGUGGCCAGGAUCAACAGGAUCGGGACUUCACCUUGCAGGACUUCAAGGAUGGCAUCUCCAAUAUCUUGAUUUCAACCUCCGUUGCAGCCCGAGGUAUUGAUGUCAAGAAUGUAAUCCUUGUGGUGAACUUUAAGGUGCCAGACCACCUCGAAGACUACAUCCAUCGAGUUGGUCGCACAGGAAGAGCGGGCAAGGCAGGCUUCGCCUACACCUUCAUCCAACCUGAUGAAGCGGACAAAGCACAGGACAUGGUGGAUGCUCUGCGACAAUGCAAUCAAGAGGUUCCUGCAAAGCUCAAAUCUCUGGCAGAGGAGCACCAGACUGCUGUGAACACAGGUCAAGCUCGGAAGCGAAAGCGCUGGGGAGGAUUUGGCGGAAAGAGCUUUUCCUAUGAGAACAGCGAAAAAAGCAGGCAGCAGCAAGAGCGUCAACAAGCCAAGAGCGACCUUCUUAUUGGGGACUUUGAGGAAGAAGACGACUUCAAAGAUCCUUGGUUGGAACCUGACAAGCCCAAGGGCAAAGGUAAGGGCAGAGGCAAGGAUAAAGCAGCAGAGUCGGCGUCAGCGUCAAAAUCUGAACCCGUGGACACUGUAGCGGCUGCUGCUCAAGUUGCUGCAAAGAUGCAGGCGGCAAAUGGCAAUGUGGAAGCACCCACUAAUGGAAGUGCAGGCGCCCCUGUUCAGCCUCCAGCACCUCCUAAAGCCAAGGCUCCAAUGUCAAGAAAGACUGACAAGGAGCUUGAGGAACAAGCUCGUCAGAUGGCAGAAGAUACCUUGAAGAGCUUGCCGGAGGAGGUUCGCGAGAAACAGCUUCCUGCGUUGACUGAGAAACUGAUCAUCAAGCUGCGAAAAGCAGAGCAGGAAAAACUUGCAGAGGCAGCUUCUGCCUUGGCAAAAGUGCCGGCGCCACCGCCGGUGUCAGAGAACACCAUCAAAGAGCCAGAGCAAAGCCCUGUGAUGAAGGCCAUUCCACUUGUUCCUGGUGUUCUGGGACAAGGAUUGGUUCCUGCGAAAGCGACAAUGGUCACGAAAGCGAUUGAGUCGCUGCAGACUAAUGCAGCAGUGCCUGGAGCUGGGACUUCGCAUUUGGCAGAAGAAAAGGCUGCCAAAAUGCUGGGCGGAAAGGACAUUCCAGCAGGAAUGCACAGCGACGAGUUGGAAAUCAAUGACUACCCUCAGAUCGCCCGGCAGAAAAUCACUCAUCGGGAGCCAUUGGUGGCAAUCGAAGAAAUGACGGGUGCCAAAGUGCAGGUCAAGGGCCAGCACUUUGCUUCUGGAGCUCGCAUGCCAGAAGGAGGGAAGAAGCUCUAUGUCGAGAUUAUUGGUCCAACUCAGGUUUCUGUCUUGAAAGCCAAGCACGAGGUCUACAAAAUGAUGGAGGCUCUGGCGAUCAGAACUCUGAACAUUCCUGGUCUCACUCGGGCUGUCACUGGAACUCCUGGAAGGUACGACCCAGCCGUUGGCAAGUGAGAUGGGCUCGCUUUGCUUGCACGACAGGUUGCAUAGAUCAAUAGAUCAAAAUUGCGACCAAGCAACCGCAAGCAAAUCAACAACGACUGUCGGGCCGGGUGGCGGUUUUCUAAACUGCAUCUGUCACAGUUUGUCAAUGUGCGGGGUGCUCCUCGCAGUGUCACCUGGACAGAGGCACUAGGCCAAACUUCAGCAUAGAGAGCAGAGAAGAGCAAAAGUUCACUCAGACCCAUGCUGGCCAUGCUGCAAAAGUUCACUUGUUUCUGUGUUCUUCUGUGUUCCUUGUGUAAAAAGAUGCUCCAACAAGUUUUGUCUACCGUGUGGAAUUGACUUUGGAAAGUUCCUCACGUGGAACAUGUUGGAUCAAAGCGCAGCUCAGCUCCAAGAGAUCAUAGCUGUGACACCGCCCCCAUUUCGUGAUGACACGUGGAAACCAGCGGGAUAGAGAUCGUGAAAGAGCGGCUAACCGCAAUGCUGGCGCGAAGCAGAACUCCACCAUCAAGACUAAAGAAGACACUGCGGCAAUCAUGCGCGAGAAGCAGCGGCUUGCAGAAGAGAAGAAGGCUGCUUCCGCUGGUUCUGGUGGCGGUGGUGGUAAAUAGCACGAGGAGGACAUUGCUUAUGUCCUUUGUAGGUGAGAGGAUACAGUGAUACAGCAAAUGCGAGCUCGCGCUAGCUGCUCUUCGCUGAAUUCUCUGGUCGCAUUUAAAGUGGAAACCAAAAUCUCUCGUUUUGCUCCAAGAUGAUCCUGGAAAUUUCUGUCG